AUGAUCAAAUUUAAUUAUUUAAUAAUUUUCUCCAUUAUAUUUCUAUCAAUAUUUCAACUUUUUGAUAAUGGACCAACUUUAACUUUGGCUAUACUAGCUCCAUUAGAUCAGCAAGUAAUAAAUGUUGGAAGAAAGAAGAGACAAUAUGCUGAUGUAAAUGGAGGAAAUGAGGAAACAAAAAUUAAAUCUGAGAAGAAAAAUUUUUUAUUUGAACAACUUGGACUUAGAAAAAAGAGACAAUAUGCGGAAGAAAAAGAAAAGGAAAGUUUAAUUGAUAAAACUUUGAAGAAACUUGGAUUUGGAAAGUAACAAGAGAGAGGAUAGAUAUGUAGAUGUUCUGUUA